AUGAAUGCUUCCGGUGCAGCAGCAAUGGUACGCGAAGAUUCAUCGGACAUCGCUUUGGAAGCAUCACAUUUUGCAUUUCUGCAACAGAACAAAAAUGCCUUGGCCAACAAUGUCCUGUGGAAACGAAAAGUUCGUUGCUUUUUUAUAGUGCUUGCUUUUUGGCACGCGAAAAUUUUGGCGGGAAAAUUGCUAAGAAAACUGAAACUUUGGAGAAAUGUUCAGUAUUGGCGUGCGAAAUUUGGGAACGAGUAA